CCUUUAACUUCCUUUCUCCCCACCCUUCGCCUGUUAACCCCUCUACACCUUCCCUAUCCCCUCCACGACCACUAAUUUCAUUCACGAUGGCCGAUUCUCUGACCGAAGAGCAAGUCUCCGAGUACAAGGAGGCCUUCUCCCUGUUUGACAAGGAUGGCGAUGGCCAGAUCACCACCAAGGAGCUGGGCACUGUCAUGCGCUCUCUUGGCCAGAACCCUUCCGAGUCUGAGCUCCAGGACAUGAUCAACGAGGUUGACGCCGACAACAAUGGCACCAUUGACUUCCCCGAGUUCCUCACCAUGAUGGCUCGUAAGAUGAAGGACACCGAUUCCGAGGAGGAGAUCCGGGAGGCGUUCAAGGUUUUCGAUCGCGACAACAACGGCUUCAUCUCCGCUGCUGAGCUGCGCCACGUGAUGACCUCCAUCGGUGAGAAGCUGACCGACGACGAGGUGGACGAGAUGAUCCGCGAGGCGGAUCAGGAUGGCGAUGGCCGGAUCGACUACAACGAGUUCGUCCAGCUCAUGAUGCAAAAAUAAUCUCAUAGCCGUCAUGUUUUUCCCCCCUUUAGCUGAAGUCGCGGUUUCUUUCCAACGAGGAUGUUUACUACUCUUCUCCUUCUGUUUUCCAUCUCCGUUUCCACCGUCUCUGUAGU